AUGUCAAAUGAAUCGCAUUAUGCCGAAAGCGAAAGUGUUUUAACGGAGGAAAGUGAAGCACCUAAUUCUAUAUUAAUUGAUCAACUGAGAUCAAAAAUAGAACAAGAAUCAAGGAAGGUCAACGAAAAAGUACAAAUACUACAGAUAAAGCUUUCUGAUGCCGAGAUAGAGAACGCUAAUUACAAAAAGCGAAUCGCAAAACUUGAAAAUACCGUCCACACCCAAGGGCACAAGAUAGACCAACUAGAAACGUCACUUGAAGAAAAAAUCUUGGAAAACGAAAAGCAAAGACUGAAUUGCGGAGCUGAGGAUAGAGACUUUUCUGUUGGAAAGUCAAAAUUACAUUUCUCCAACGAAAUGAUAAAACUACCGGGCGGUGAUCUAAAAUGGUGUAAACGUCUUUCUAUCACUCACGAAGUCGUCAUCUUCAGCGGAGCAUGGUUUUCGACUGCCGUAUGCCUAACUGCCAUGAAUCAGUCUACUUUUUGCUUCUGCUGCAUAGAGAGCUCUGCUGCCAACUCGUCUACUUCAAGUGCAGUGAACCUUCAGAACCUGACCACCCGAGUUCGCCGGUAUAGCUUUCAGACGCAGCAAGCACCGUCAGCAGAUUCGAUAGAUUCCCCGACAGGACGAGCCAGGUUACUCGGGCGAAUACGCAAGCACAGGGUUUCUUAUCCACAUCCUUCCUAUCCGCUUACCCAGACGCGCGAGCUGAUUCAACUCAGCAAUUUGGAAAUCAUCGACGAAUCAAAUCAGGACAACGAUUCUAGAGCGCUUUCGCUCACACCAAAAUCCAGCACGGAAAAUCUACCAAAGAAACAAAACACAUGUGAAUUCUGA